GGGCGAGGAUGUGGCGGAGGAGGUGGAGAGGGCCAUGCACGAGCUGGAGGCCACCGCCGGGUGGGUGUAUGAGUGCGCCUUCUCCGAUGACGAGGGGGAGGACGGCCAAGGGGGAACGGACGCUGAGGGGAAGAGGGACGGCGCUGGUUGUGCUGCUGCUGUUGGUGGUCCGGAAACAGCAGAGGACAGCAAGGGAGUAGUGCCAGGAGGGAAAAUGGGCGAGAGCGAGAGGGGAGAAGCCAUGGCGGGUGGUAGCAGCAGUGGCGAGGAGGCAGGUACGGGUGAGAAGGGCAGGGGAGGUGAGAAGCAUGAAUCGGGUGAGGAGCGGGGUGAGGGUGCCAGUGGGCAGGGCGGAGGUGGGAAGGGCAAGAUGGGGCGUGGGGGCGAGGGCGAGGAGGUGUGUGGGUGGCACGUGUUCUACCAGGCGCAGGAUGGCCCGUGCGUGGUGCUGCACCCGCUCAACUUCAAGUGCCUGCUGCAACACUACGGCUCCGUCGAACGCCUCCCCCUCAGCAUCACGGCCCGCGUGUUGCAGCUGGAGGCGAUGCGGCAGUCGGAGGCGGUGCGGCGGCGUCUGCGCGUGCUGGACCACCUGCCGCUGACCGCUGCCUUUGUGCUGGCUGAGGUGGACCUCGCCCCGCUGCUGCCCGCCUCCUCUCUCGCACCGUUCCUGCCCGAGAUCAACCAACGCAGGCUGCAGCGCCAACGCCUGCUCCGACAGGAGGAGAGGGACCGAGUGAAGGCGCAGCACAGGGAGGCGGUGGCGGUGGCGGCAGCAGCGGAGGAUGCGCGCUUCUUCGAGCGCCAGCGUGUGCCAGCGCCCAUGGACUUCGUGCCCCUCGCACAGGCCGUGGCUGCUGGGUCUGCCACACCAGGUGCUGCCACACCAGGUGCUGCAGGUGCUGCGGCACCUGGGGAAGACUCUGACGCUGACCCUGUUGCUGGUGGUGCUGGUGGGGAUGUAGCAGCAGGUGGUGCGGAAUCCGAGGGAGCCCCUUCCAGUGUGAGCCAUGCGCCACCAAUGGCGUUCUCCAAGGUAGCAGAGCUGGGGUACGCUGCUGGCCUGGGCUCUGUCGCCCUCUCCUCGCCCUCCCCCGCCCUUACACACGCCUCCUCACAGCCCCUCUCCUCCCUCUCUGCUGCAUCCACCCCAGCCCCUCCUGCUGCUGGUGCCGCCUCAUCAGUGUGGGCGAACCGCCCAGAUUUCUCCAAAGCAGGUCCCUCUUCUGCUGCUGGUGCUGCUGCUGCAGGGUGGGGCAGGGGCGCAGGGAGUGGAGGGGAGGGGUCUCAGGCAGGGAGUGGCGAUGGGGGUGGCGCUUCGGGUGGGGGGAAGGGGAAGGGCAAGAAGGGCAAGAAGAAAGGCACGACUAUCCUGCUCUCCAGUGGAGGCCUGCCGCGCUACUGAAUGCCCGGUGGGAAUGGGGGUGCCUGCCAACGUAGUGAGCCCUUUGUCUGAUUGAGUUGAGGAGACCAGGAUUCAGGACCAUUACCAGCACUUUGCAUAGUGCUAGACUCGCAGCUUUAGGUGGAAGGGCCGCUGCACCUUCGUUUUUGGUGGGCUUCGUCGCUGUGGUGCUUGCUGUUACGGGAUGGGAGGCUGAAUGUAGCGUUGCUCCUGUCCACCAAGAACAGCGUUUCGAGGAUAAAUGGAGGAUGAUGGUACUUGUGUCUGCAUAUUUGAUGCUUGCUAGUGACUCGUGCUGCCAGUCACCCCCUCAAAGAAGCACCAGGAAUC